AUGGAAACAGACGCGAGCCAAUUCUCAGCGAACAUCACUUCUGAGUGCCCAAUCUCACCACUGGAGAUGAAAUUUAUGUACAUCGAGCAGUUGAUGUCUUUGGAGCAGGACUUUUUGAGCUGUAUGCAUUUUGGAAUCAGAAAAUACUUGAAGCCACUUCAAUAUUGCAUCCUGACACGCUACGAGCACACGACGUUGUUUACAAACAUUGAUAUGCUGGCCAGGUUCUCAAAAGCCAACCUCAAAUCCAUGCGGGACAAUGCAGCACCUGAUGAUUCCCAAACCAGCGAGGAUCAGCACAUGAUGUUGUAUCUACCAGCCACUAUUCAGAAGCAGUGUAAAGCAUAUCAGCUUUAUGGCAAGCAACUGGAAAUGUCAAACAAACUUCUGAAGGAACUCAAUCAGAACAAAAGCUUCCGGGAUUUUGUCAAGUCACAGCAUACUACAGGCGAGCAUUGCAGAAGUCAGCCAUCUGAACAAUGUCCAUCAAUUCAGGAGUUCAUCAAUAGGCCGGCACUGCACAUUCAGCAGUUGUACACAGCACUGCAUAACAUCCUGUCAGUGACACCCAGAGACAGCCAUGAUGCACCCCUUCUUGUCAGAGUUACCGAUGCCAUUUUCAA